AUUGUCAAUAUUGUUGUUGUGAUUGUGAAUACUGGAAAACUAAAAUCGCAUGAAAGAAUUUUGAUUACAUUGUAUUAGGUUCCGCCCGCUACUCCUGUUUGCGGGAUUAGAUAAAAACAAAAUAAGAUUUCAGUUAAAUAUGGAAAAUAAAUCGAAUACUAAAAUGCGUAGAAUUUGCUUAGAAGAUGGAGCCUUGUAUUCAAUUUUUGAUAAUUAUGACCAUAACAUCCAAUAUCUGAUUUCAACUUGCAUGUUAACAUAACUGUAGAAAUAUACUUAGAAAGAUAUACUUCAAGCAUCAAACAUGUAAAAAUUGCAACAAAGCUUUAGACAUACUUUACGAUUUCAUAAAUGAAUUUAAAUAGAGUAGCAAGACAAGAAAAGUUACUUGAUAUUAAAAUCGAAAACAACACAAAGGGUAAUAAUAACUCACAUAUUGAUACAACUAUAAAAGUGGAGUCUUCAAAUCUUCAGGAUGUAGAUAAUAUAAAAACAUCAGUAACAACACAAUCUAAGACUAGAAAAAAGAGUAAAAGAAAAAAAGUUAUAAAAAAAGUGUGUAAGAAACAACUGAAAACAUAUUGUGGUGGAGAAAAAAUAAGUAAAAUAGCAUCUUCGAUUUUGGAGGGAGAAUUCACAUGGAAUGGAGAACAAUGGUGUUUAAAUAAAAACAAAACUGCUCAAACUCAUAAAACUAAUAAAAAACUGGUGACAGGAAAAAAACCAUCCAAGGAACAAGAAACACAAGGUCCUAAACUUUGUGAUCUCUGCGGAGAAGUGGUUGAACAUGAAUUUAAACUAAUUGCACACAAGAAAAGGGUCCAUUACAGCAUUCCUGUUAAGUGCCCCCACUGUUCACUGACUUGUUCCUCCCAAUAUUACUUAAAAUGUCAUAUUGAAAGAAAACAUAGGGAUAACAAGAACUAUCAAUGCAGUACUUGUGGCAUAAGAUUUGCAUUCAUUAAGGAUUUACAAGUGCAUAUUAAAUAUGUCCAUGAGAAAAAAUAUAGAAGACAAGUAUUAUUAACUUGUAACAUAUGUGAUAAAGCUUAUAAGUGUAUGCAAUCACUUACAAUACAUAAGCGAUCAGCUCAUACAGGGGAGCGACCAGAUGUAUGUUCAGUUUGUGGUGCCGGUUUCUACCACGCCGUCUACUUGAAGGAGCAUAUGAGAGUCCAUACAGGAGAAACUCCAUACAAAUGUCCCAUUUGUGACCGAGGUUACACUCAGCGAGGGAAUAUGAGAAAUCACCUUCGGAGCCACAAGAAGUCUGAGUUGGAUGCUGAUACAUUAAGCCAAAUAAGGCCAAUAUUUCUUAAAUUUCUUGCAGCCUAAAUAGAAUUAUAAUUAUGUAAUAUUUAUUAAAUACUGUUGAUGAUUUUUAAUUAUUUUGUAUUGUUGAUUUUUAGUCUAUUUAGUUUUCACAUAAAAAUGUCAUAAAAAGUUUGACAAGAGCCAAGUUCACGGAUCACUUCAAGCGAUGAAUUACUAAAAAUAGUCUUUUGUUAAGUAUUUAUAUUAUUUUUGUGUUAA